AUGAAAUAUGUCCAAUUUUCUGUGCCUGGUCCAAUUGUCAGUUGGGCACUGGAACGAUCCAGUUUACUACUGGAAUUAACUGGCCCAAUGGAGUGGACUGGCCCAGGGUUAUUGCAAAACUAUCAUCGACAUAAAUUGAAUUCGGUUUAUGCUAAACAUCACAAGACGAAUCUGUUUUAUGCUAAACUUGGCAUAAAACAAGCUUAUCGGAUUGAAGUAUAG